UUGGAAUUCAGAUUGAUGACGGAAAGAGAAAUAGGUUUGAAUGAAAAGGUUAUAAACAGAAAAAGAAGCAUACUUAUUGACUGAGCAUAUUGAUAAUUAAUUUCUAUUUUUAUUAUAACAUUUAUUAAAAGGGUGAUUAACUAUUUGCCGCGUCUUGCCAUUUUUUUCUAAUUCUUUAUUCUUUCUCACGGACUUUUUAAAUAUCGGUUCAAAGGGACCACAUCCUCAAAGACGCAACGUGUCGUUAGGCCGUUAGCGAAUCAUGUUAGUACUAUACUUGGCGUAACAUGAAUGAAAGGAAAAUGUGCAAAUUCUACAAUUUGAACGUGCCUGAUCGACGAUCUGCUGAGGGAGGUGGCUUCCAGAACCACGACCACGACCAGGACAAUGACGAUGAUGAUGACCGGGCUCCUGAUGAAGCGACCCCGCCACCGGUGCCUCCGAACGAGCACAAGCUUGAAUACAGCUAUUGGAUGUGGUUUUCACGACGGCCGCCCGCACGUGAACUCACUGCCACCACUACUGGUUAUGGCCAGGCUUUACGUAUGGUGGGUCGGGUGGCCAGCGUGGAGCAGUGGUGGGGACUGUACACGCACCUUGCGCGACCCGGGGACCUGCCCCCACUCUCCGACCUACACCUCUUCAAGCUCGGCAUCAAGCCAAUGUGGGAGGAUCCUGCCAACGUUAAUGGAGGGAAAUGGGUGGUGCGACUCCGCAAGACGCAGACGGGGCGUGCGUGGGAAGAUCUCUGCAUGGCGAUGCUGGGCGAGCAGUUUAUGGUUGGCGCCGAGCUAUGCGGGGUCGUGCUCUCAAUACGUUUCCAGGAGGACCACCUGGCGGUGUGGCACCGGACGGCGGCGGACGCGGUGGCGGCGGGCCACGUGCGCGACGCGCUGCGCCGCAUCCUGCAGCUGCCGCCCACCGUGCCCGUCGAGUACAAGGCGCACGGCGACUGCCUGCGGGCCUCCGCCUCGCGCGCCUCCGAGUCGGACGGCUCGACCACGCCGCAGCCGUCGUCGCCGCCCGAGCCGCGCUCCUAGCGCCACGCCCUGCCC